AUGAAUGUAUUACCAGCACAACCUAUAGGUAUUCAGAGUACUGCUGGCGCUGUACCCGUUCGCAAUGAAAAAGGUGAAAUAUCUAUGCAAAAAGUUAAGGUGCAGAGGUAUAUAUCGGGAAAGAAACCAGAUUAUGCUCAAGGAGUUACCUCCUCUGAAGAAUCAGAAGCUGAAGAUUUCAUAGAGCAACAGAGACCUGAACGUCGACACCAGAUUGCACAGAUUAUUAGUCAGAAGGAUGAUAUACAAAGUCAUUCAGAGAAUGAAGUUGACGACCCUCGUCUUCGACGUUUACGUGUCGCGCAUUCUCCGCGUCGAGCUGAACACAAACCAGAGGUUAUUGAUGCUGAACCCGAACCUGAAUCAGAAUCGAGCGAAGAAAGUAAACACAGUUCGGAAAGUGAAGAUGAACUUGAUGAAGAAGAAAUUGAACGACGGAGACAAGCUGUUAGAGCUAAACUGGCAGCAAGAGAAGCAGAAAAAGAAGUUUUAGGAAGAGAAGAUGAUGAGGAAAUGUUAGAUGGUGACAAAGAAGAAAGUGGUUCAUCAGAUACUGAAUAUACUGAUAGUGAAGAAGACACAGGGCCAAGAGUGAAGCCAGUCUUUGUGAGGGCAUCAGAAAGAAUGACAGUAGCAGAGAGAGAACGUAAACUUAAACAGCAGAAGAAAGAAGAUUCUGAGGCAAGAAAGGAAAAGGAGGAGAGAAGGCGGGAAGCAUUGAAAUUAGUUGAAGAGACUAUUCGUGCUGAACAAAGAAAUACACAGUCAGAAUACAAGGAAGGUAAUAUAAACGACGUGUGCACUGACGAUGAGAACGAUGAGUUGGAAUAUGAAGCGUGGAAAUUGAGAGAAAUGAAGAGAAUAAAACGUGACAAGGAGGAACGGGAAGCCGCGGAGAAAGAGUUGUUAGCCAUAGAGCGUAUGAGAAACAUGACUGAGGAAGAGCGUCGCGUCGAACUACGACUAAAUCCCAAAUUGGUCACAAACAAGUCCGUCAAGGGCAAAUAUAAGUUCCUUCAGAAGUAUUACCACAGAGGUGCUUUCUAUUUGGAUAAGGAAGAAGAUGUAUUCAAACAAGAUUUCUCGGGACCAACACUGGAUGAUCACUUUGAUAAGACUGUUCUACCUAAGGUGAUGCAAGUGAAGAAGUUUGGUAGAUCUGGUCGUACGAAGUACACACAUCUAGUAGACCAAGAUACAACAGAGUUUGACUCAGCUUGGAGCAAUGAGGGAACAGCAGCCAGGCUUACCAACUUUAGAGGCGGAAUGAAACAACAGUUUGAACGGCCAUCAGCUAAAUCCAAACAUAACUCUUGA